AUGGGGAAGGCCCGGAAAACAGUCAAGAAAACGAAAAGUACUACCUCAACACAAAAUGUGCAGUGUAUGUGGAAUUUUUUAAUAAGAGUUAAUUCCAUAAGUUUUCAGCGCUUCCAUUCAACACAGACAAAGGUCAGCACAUUUUGAAGAAUCCAGGGAUCGUAAAUGCGAUUGUUGAAAAAGGUUUUUUUGAAAGCUAAAUGAAGAAAAAUAUAUUUAAAAAAAGUUCAGUCGGCCUUGAAGUCCACAGACACAGUGAUGGAAGUUGGUCCAGGUACAGGUAACCUGACGGUGAAAAUGUUGGAAGUCGCGAAGAAGGUUAUCGCUUGCGAAAUCGAUCCCAGGAUGAUUGCCGAGGUGAAAAAACGAGUUAUUGGAGGGUAGAACUCUAAUUUUCGAAUAAGAUAAAAUAAUUUGUUUCAGACCAUUGCAAUCGAAAUUGGAAGUAUUGUCGGGGGAUGUUAUGAGGAUGGAAUGGCCGGUUUUCGACGUUUGUGUCGCCAAUUUGCCGUACCAAAUUUCUUCGCCUUUCGUUCAGAAGUUCCUUUUGCAAAGGCCGGCGCCAAGGUCUGCAUUUUGAACUUGAAGAAAUGUUAUUUGUUUUUUUUUUUGAGUUUUAUUGAACAAGUGGUUUUUUUUCCAAUUUUUUUAUACACAGCGCUCUAAUCAAAAACCACCCAAUAUUUUUUAAAUUUAAAGCUUGAAAGUAUAUAUUUUUACAUUCGAAACAGGAGCCUAGUUUUUAAGCCGAGAUUCAGUCGGUUCCAUUCAUUCUGAAACUUUUUUUGGAAACCAUUUAAUUAAACUAAUGAUUAUUGGCAGCAGGAAACUUGAGCUAAAUUUAUAGCUGAUGAUUUAAAUUUGUGCUAAAAACGCAACAGAUAACCUCUUCUUUUUUUAUUAUUUUUUCUUUUUUGAUAAUUUUCUUUUUUUUUUCAAAAUCUGACACGGAAUGGCCUAUCUUCUUUUCUUCAGAUACGCAGUGCUGAUGUUUCAAAAAGAGUUCGCGGAUCGGCUCGUCGCGCGCCCCGGCGACAAGGACUACAGUAGACUGUCUGUGAAUGUGCAGCUCCUGGCCCGCGUCGAAAUGCUGAUGAAAGUGAAGAGAACCGAGUUCCGACCGCCGCCGAAAGUCGACUCGGCCGUCGUUCGCAUCGAACCUCGAAUUCCACCGCCUCCUAUCAAUUUUGAGGUGAAUAGAAGUAACGAAAAAAUGAAGUUUAGAGGCUUUACCGAGAUUUUAAGGUCUUAAUUUAAUUGAGAGGCAAGUGGAAGUUGUUUUUAUCGCUUUUCGAUCCCACUUCUCACCUUUUCGAGAGAACUGCGCAAUUUAAACGAUUCCUAUGAAGAAAUCGAGGUCUCUAGAGUUUCUCAAAGCCUUUGAGACUAUGUCAGAAGCUUAUUAAAGCUUUUCGAGAAUUUUAAUUCUGUAUGUUUUCUAGGAAUGGGAAGGACUGUUACGAUUGUGUUUCCUGCGCAAAAACAAGACUUUGAACGCGAUUUUCCGGUUAUCCAACGUCACUGAACUCAUUGAGAAGAACUAUCGGAAAGUUUGUAGCUUUAAAAAUAAGGUUUGUUUUUUUUUCCAUUAUAGUUAUAUUGAAAAUAAUUGUUUAGCCAGUGCCAGCGACUUUCAAUUGUAAAGCAGCUAUCGAAAAAGUGCUGAGCGAGGCCGGAUACGCGGAGAAAAGGGCCAGAAGCAUGACCGUCGAGGAUUUUUUGGCCCUUCUGUUGGCCUUCAAUAAAGCCGAUAUCCAUUUUAUUGGUUGAAUUUGUGCAUUUUUGUUGUUUUUUGAUUGGAAUGUGUGUUUGUUGUCUGUUUUGCACGAAGAAUAAAUUUUAUUGAAUUCGAUAGUUUUUCAUGAAAAAUGUCGAGUAAUCGAUUUUAUACUGUUUUUUUUAAUUUUUUUUUUUUGUAUUUUGACACUUUCAAAGUCGUGCGGUAGAUUGGUUAUGGGGCGUGGCUAAAUGCAAAUGGGGCGCUGCUUAUUGCAAUAGGGGCGCGAUAGUGAGAGCCGAUUUUUGUGCAUUUACUGGAUAGAAUUAUAACGUAAAAUAAUUUUUUUUUUCAAGGCCUCUUUGAACUUGGAUACAGUACGUAUGAUACUUUCAAAAAAAGUUUUGAAUUUACAAGUAAAGAAAAUCGCGGACUUUACUGACAAAAAUGUCAGAAUUGAAUAAUCCAGAAAUUUCGGGUUUUUCGUCAGAAAAGUAGACAGACAACAACAAAAAAACGAAUUUCAAAAAGAAUUUCAUACCAAAUAGUUAACUAACUUGAAAGAAGGACAACAAUCGCAUUUUUGAUUACCUAAAAAGUUUUUUACUAACUCGUUUCUCUCGGCUUUUUAUUCCUCUGUUUCUGGAGCAUAUUACGAUAUUUUUUUAUCUCUUGAAAAUUCCGUUUCAAUAAAAGUGGAGGUCUUUUAGAGACCUUUAUGAAGCUUCAUUUUUGGUAUUUUCCAACUCUGCCCGUGAUAACUAUAGCUUAUUAGUAGAAAAAAUGAUUAAUUAAAAAAAAAUCUUUUCUUUUAAAUCUCAGAUUACGCUGGUUCUACCCCGUCGAUGCUGUUGGCUCGCAUUUGAGCGUUGUUUUUCGACGCCUUCAUCUUCCUCGACCGUCACCUUUGAUGAAAACUCCAGAAGGAAGUUCCUCCAAGUCGCAGUCAUCGGAGCGCCGAACGUCGGCAAAUCUCUGCUGACGAACAACAUUGCCAGAGCGGCUCUUUCGGCGGUCAGCAGCAAGAUGGACACUACUACCAAGGUGAGAAAAGACCACGAAAGAUUUUGAAAAAUUUUUUGAAAUAUUCAAAGCUUUUUUCCAGUUCAAAGAGAUUUUAUUAAUGAGAAUGCGUCAGGUUUUUGAGUGGGGAGAAAAUGACAAAAAAAAAUAAUAAGAUGGAAGUUUUUUGAAAAUUGCGCAGUCUGCACUUUUUUGUCUCCUUGGUCGCGUUUUUUCUGGAAAAUCAGGAAAUUUCGUUGAAUUCCGAGGAGAUAUUUACACGACUUUUUUUUUCUCCGUAAAGUGCGGUGUGGCGUGUGCAUGCACUGCGCCGCUUUCGCGCAGAAAAAAUGGGGUUUAUGUAGAGAGAAUUCGAUUCGUUUCCUCUGGCAUUUCGGCCGUCUGCGCCUUUAAUUUUCCCUGUUAUUUACGCUCCUAGAGCCGUGACGUUACGUCGGAACGGCUAAGGUUUUGACUCGCCAGCCGUUUUUUCGAUUUCGCAUCUUCUUCCACUUACAAAAACGCCGUGAUUGGCUCCAAACAAGAAUUCUAAUAAACUGAGACGCCCCUAAAGGCGAUAUUCUAUCCUGUACUCCUCAAAACCGUCAAAAAGGAGGUUCAGAAUGUACAUGUCAACCUGACGGAGAGCGACACUCAGUUGGUGGUCGUCGACUCUCCAGGAGCCGUCAGCACGGGGCAUGUCAGACAGACGAUGCACCAUCAAGAGGAACGAGUACUGACUGAUGCCGAACGGGCUCUCCACAAGGCUCAGCAUAUUCUGGUCGUCCAGGUGGGCUCAGAGAAAGGUUGUGUAGUGGAAGCUGAGGUGGUCCUAGUGCACGUUUUACCAUUUUCCAAGACCUCAAUGAUUUACCAAAAACCAAAAUUUUCUGGAACUUCAGCACCCUAGAAACACCCGAGCAUUUUAAGUUCUUGUCUUCCAGAUAGCCAAAAUGUUUAGAGAAUCUUGGAAACGUAGCGAAAAGCACUAGCAAAAUUAGGCAUUCUUCUUAUUUUCGAUGAUUUUUUGACCAGGCACAUGAGUUAGGCCAAAAAAUUGCAGGACGCGACAGCGCCCGGACGGUACAUCCACCACCGAGUCCUGCACAUGCUCCAUCGCUACGCCCACGUCCCGAGCACUCUGGCGAUCAACAAGAUCGACCUGGUCUCCAGGCGAUCAGACCUGCUCCCACUCGUUCCGAUUCUGACCAACGGCCGGGUCGGAGACGCGCCGAUCCCCAGCUCCGGCGCCACGGUCAGAAAAAUUUCCAGAUCGAUGAAAAAUAGAUCGGGUCGGGUCAUGGAAUUUAAGUCCACACCUUUCAGCUCAUGAUCCAAAGAAAAUGCGCCCCCUGGAUAAUGUUCUGUGAAUUUUUCACUUCUUCGGUUUUUCCAUGUUUUUUUUUCGUUUUCAAUCACUUGAUGAAAAAAGUGAUAAAACUGAGAAAGGCAUAAAAUUAAAAAUAAUUUCUCAAAGAUCUCAAUAACUUUGAAGUAAUCUACGCUCUGUGAAUGGCUCGCUCUCUGAUUGGUUUAUCGCGCCGUUAGGGGCGGAGCUUGAGCGGCGACUUGACAUUCAAAAUCUGAACAGACUAUGUUUGAUACGGAGAUCUAUAAUUUAACGUCAAAACUCGAAAAAGCCCAAAAGAUCGGAUUUUUUAGCGAUGAUCGUAGGUUGAUUAUUUUUUUCACGGGGAGUGAGGACCAUUAGUUGACGAGUUUGAACAACAAUUUUCCGAAACUUCACAGAAAAACGAAUUUAGGCGCUGUUUUUGUAUGAACCAGCUCUUCAGAUCGGUCGACUCGGCAAGGUCGUCCAGAAGCCUUCCGAAGGCGGCGACGUCUUCGAGAAUCGCGACGACAAAUGGAUGGCCAGCUACCGGGAUAUGAUCCAGAAGCCGACGCACAAGUGUGGCUACGCCGCCACGAGACAUCUGUUCCGCGACGUCAACGGCUGGAGCGGAUUCGACAGGGUCUUCUUCGGUUAGAGCUGAAGAUUUGAUGAAAUUUCGCUGAAAGGGACCUUUUUAUCACAGAUUAGUCAAGGCCCAAUGUAAAACUCGUCUCUUUUUGAAAAUUUGGAAGUCCGCAUAAUGGAGACAUUAUUGCUCUGGAUUUAGGAAAACUAGAGUGGUCCCUAUAGUGGCAACCUAAGGGACCUUUCAAGGUUUCCCCAUAGGGACCACGGAAGCUUGCGAAAGAUGCCCCUAUAGGGAAGCAUGGUAUUGUGGUCAGAACCUAAACCAAACACAGAGUGGUCCCUAUAGGGGCAACCUUAGAGAUCCUUCAAGGUUUCCCUUUAAAGGCCACUAAAGCUGGCAAAAGUGGCCCCUAAAGGGGAAGCAUGGCGUAGAGGUCAAACCCUAAACCCCUUGGGGGUCCACCUAACCUUCACCCCUAUAGUGAGCCCUCUGUUUCCCCUAUAGAGACCCCUCUGGCGUUCCUAAGGAUGGCUAAUUUGGAGACGUCAAAAAACGAGACGGUUUAUAAAUUCCAUCUGAACGGAUCUGUAAUAAAGAUGUCCUGAAGUACCUCUCAAAAAAGUUUCGUCAAAUUCAAUCCUUUUGCACGUCCCUUGUGAAGAAGCUUGAAUUUGAAGUGUCGUCCUUGACGGGAGAAGGGAUCGACGACCUGAGAAACCAUCUCAAAGGCGUUGCGACCAGUGGGGAAUGGCUCAUGGAGGCCGAUCAGCUCACGGAUAAGGUAUAAUAUGCUUUUUGGAAGGUGUUUCAAGUAUCUUGUCCUUAUCAUUUUUGGAAGGCAGUUCAUCUGGCUAGUCACUGAGAAUAACUGCCGAACGCGUCGUCGGUGGCGAUAUCGCAAAAGUGCCGAGCCGGACUUGAGGGCGCGACCUUGCAUUUUGAGUCCGGCGCGGGACUUUCGCGAUAUCGCAAAUUUACCGCGACCGAUCGCGCUUUUCUCCGGGCAGUUGUCUUUAGUGACGUCACGAUUUUUUUCGAAUUUUCAAAGCAGUUUAUAAAUCGAAAAGCAAUGAGUGUACUAAAACUUCCACAUGCUACGAAAAAGAAAACCCUUCAGACGCCCCAAGAACUGUGCACGGACGCGAUCCGGGCCGCCGUCCUGGACAUGGUCCAUGGCGACGUCGCCUACACGGUCCGAGUCGGCAUUUCCGAAUGGGUCGAGCAGGGAGAAGUCCUCCAGAUCGUCGGCGACAUCCAGUGCGCCAAGCAUCGCGACGGAGUUCUGAUCAUUGGCAAGGUUCGAGCUAUGGAUUCCGGAGUGGUCCCUAUAGAGGUCGAAAAAGUGGUCCCUAUAGAGGUAAAGGGACCAACGCCACUAUAGGGGUCGAAAAAGUGGUCCCUGUAGGGGUUUAGGGUCUGACCCUUUAAGCUGAGGUGGUCCCUAUAUGGGUCUUUCAACUUCAUUCUAAAAAACGCCUAACUGUUUAGUUGCUUGCAUGGGAAGGCUUCUUCGCAUAGUUUAUAAAAUUGUCGACCAGCAACCCCUAGAGGAGACUCUCCAGGGGCUCCUAUAGGGGCGACUUUGAAGUUUCCAAGAUCCAGGGAUUUUUCUCGUCCAGAAACUUAGAGAAUUAAAGCACUGACUAAACUUUAGAAAAUUAAAGAUAAUUUGAACGUUUCGAAAAGUAUUUUAAUAAAAAAACGAUUUAUAUUUUUAAUUAGAAACAGAAGCGAAUUCCAGGGAGGCGGACGAAUUUCCGAAAUCGGCCGACGCGUAAACGCCCAUCUCCACUCGCUUUUCCAACGCCAGCUCUACGUUCGGCUCGUCGUUUCUCACAAGGGAAAAUUGAUUUUGAAAUGA